GUGUGUUAUGGUAUGAGCAGUCAUGUCCCAACUUCAUAAGAUCAAGACCAAGGGCAGAAUUAGCGAUCGUGGUGCAGUGCAGGCGCUAAGUGCCAGGGGAUAGUAGGGUGCCUUUGUACUUUAUAUAGGGAGAUUGUCAUGCCUCGGUAAUGGGGUGCUGUAAGGGGCACUGGUGCUGAAUACAUGCUGCGUGUUAGAGACAACACUGAUUGUUCCCCAGAAAAGCGCUUUCAGUGUAUGGGACUUUGUAUGUUACAAACUGGACUGGAUGUAACCCCCUAGCACUUCAGUCUGCUGACAGAAUGAAACAGACCCUGCUACCAAGAGCUUACAAUCGAAACUAUAAAUGCUUAUGUAUAUAUAAUAUAUUGUAUAGUACAGGCUACUACAUUUUUUAUGUAAAGAAAAAACUGCUUUCCGACGCUUGGUAAAUACUUUACAGCAUCACAGAGCGGUGCAGGGCGCAAUGGGAUAACCCAGCUGAAUGGGGCGCACAUAUAUGAGACUGUGUAUGAAAUGGAAUCCUGGCAUGCAGGAGUAGGGCCCCAUUGUGUGGGUGCUGCUGGGAUCCUCUGACAAGUCGCUGGCCGCUGCUUGCAUAUUAUUUUUAGGAUGUGGAGGCGGUGAGGACUUUACUCCUGUGUAACAUGUGCUGGGGACAAGUCAGGGCUUGUAGGCAGGGGCUACCGGCGGGGCUCAGCUGCACUCACAGGUCCCAUUCAGGCUGGCAGGGCUGCUGGCUCCCUAAAUACCUCUGAGACCCUACGGAGACAUGUGCCUGACAUUCUGGGACAUGGUGGCACUGGUGGGCGGAAGGAGAGACAUGGAAAAUAUCUCCACUGCGGACUCAGGGGUCCUACAUGGUGUUAAAGAACGCCAAGCCAACAGAGACUCCGAUUCUGGUUUCCAUUUUGAGUCUGCCCUCAUCCAUCAUGGAGCUACCUGCAUCCCAGCUGUUCUGCCUUCUCUUCCUAACAGAGGCCUUAUUUUCAAUUCUGCCUCGGGGUGCCUAGAAAGUGAAUUUGAAGAUGCCAGUGGAAAAUGCGUUCCAUGUACACAGUGCGGGCCAGGACAGGAACUGUCUGAGGACUGUGGAAGUGAGAGGGAUCUUCGUUGUGUGCCUUGUAGACCUGGGAGGUACAAAGAAGAUCGAGGACACCAACGCUGCCUUCGCUGUCUUCCAUGUCAUAUAAUCAAUCGGGUGCUGAAGGCCAACUGCACCCUCACCACAAAUUCUGUCUGUGGAGAGUGUCUGCUAGGGUACUACAGUAAAACCCGGAUAGGUGGAUUGCAGGAGCUGGAGUGUUUCCCUUGCACGGCUCAUACUCCAUCCACAGAAUCCCAGUGUCACCCCAAAGUUGGACCUUAUCAGCCAGUCAGCACCCCUUCUCCUCCCCGGGAUCCAGUUGUCCUUGUGGCUGUCAUUGCUGUUACUCUUUCGCUUCUUGUUGUGGCACUGGUGACAUUUUCUGUCAUUUGCUGUGGACGAUUCUUUAAAAGCCAGUGCCAAAGAGCAUUCCUGAGGUCCCAGGAUUUUGCUGGCCAACCAAGAACACUGGUUGAAGGACCAGUUAUGCACAGGAGCAUGCACAGCCCUUGUGAGGAGCGGCCAGUACCCCCAUGCUGCUUCGGUGCACCGGAGACCUGCAGACAAAUGCAAGGUCACCUGGAAGAGAUACAUGCAGCUUCUGCUCCCUCAAGUACCCCUGGAGCAGGCAACAUACUGAAUCCCAAACAGCCUUCUGUGGAGCUGUGCAUGCUACCCUCUGACCCUGUGAAGCCUUACUAUAAACGAAGUGUGUCAGAAACGCAGCCUCUGAUCCGUAACUCGGCCUGCAGCGACUGCUUCUCUAGCCAAGAGCCACAGAGCACAGCAGCUCGUUCCUGUGCUACAGAGCAGCAGCACUGGUCUCAUGCCCCAGUGGAAUGCACUGAGCUGGAUUUGCAGAACUUCUCCUCAGAUUCUACAGGAAGUCCGAACCAAUCGGAGCACAGUGACACGGUUCUGCCAGCACCAGCUGCUGAAACCCACAGCAUUUCUCAAACAUUGACGGCACAGGAGCCAAGUGGUACAACCCAGUCAAAUCAUGUGCUGUGAAGAUCCUGUAUUGUAGCUGAGCAGUGUUACGCCAGGUUUUCCUAUGUCGUAUUUACUUGGCUCCCACAUUAGCCUUAAAAUGGCAUCCUACAUGAUGGGAUAGGAGGAUUUCAGGGCGCUGGGAUUGCACUGGGGCUUUAUCCUUAAUUUGCACUUCAUUUGGGCACAUUGAUGUGCUGGUAUUGCAGAUGGACCAGGCAUGGGACACCUGAACACUGGAGGCAGAAUUGCUUUGAAAUGGGAUCUGCUUCCCUGGGAGUAUCUGGAGAGAGGGGCAAGAGACCUUCAGUAUUGUUACAAAUCAUUGUGUUAUUCGUGUAUUGUCUUCUGCAGUUUUUUGACUGCCAGUGACUGGGAAGAUGGAGAGUCGCAGUGUGUUCUUCUGUUUCAGAAUCCCAUUCACAGCUGAGCUCCGGUCUGCUGUAGUGCUAGUUGCACUGUAAAAGGGAAACCUUAAAAUAAUGGCACACGGGGCGCUUUUGUGCCUGCUGUUUAUUAUAGCAUGGUGGGGUGGUGGCAAAUUUGUACUUGGACUGCUGCAUUUUUAAGUGAAAAUAUUCAGGAAUAUUUAAGAAAGUGGUUGGUGGUUAAGUUUGAGGCAUGACCCCGAGCGAAUAAAAAUCAGGGUCCCCAAGGUGCUUGAAAUGAACCCACACCCUGUGGCCAUGCCUUUAGAGGCAGGAUAGAUGCUAAAGCCAUAGGAGGACUACAGAGCUGAGACUCUUGCUGGAUGUUUAUAUUUGUGCACAUUGUACAGUAAACCAAUAUGGUUAGCAUUAUGUAAAUAGUUCUGUCAUAAUUUUAUAAAUGCAUUAAAUACUGAACAUUGUAUCUUGA